AUGAUUCAGCUUCUUUUCCCGUUGGUAUUCGCUGAAAUGGCUUUGAUCAUAAUCUUCGUCUUCAAGACUCUGCUGAGGAAGCCAGUGAUAAGAAGCUUGGAUAGAGUGAAACGCGACCGGGGCCCAAUCAUUGUUAAGGCUGUAGCCGGGACAAUCUUGGCUGCCAUGGUGUCGAGAAUUUUCAGCAUGAUGAAGAUCCAAAAGCGAUAUUGGUUGGGGAAUGAGGAAAUUAAUUCGACUUCGGAGCAGCUUCUCCUGUCCAGACACCUUCUCGAGGCUUCCUUAAUGGGUUUCUCUCUUUUCCUUGGGCUAAUGAUAGAAAGAUUGCACCAUUACAUAAGAGAACUUGAUAUAAGGAGGAAAACAAUGAAGAAACAAAAUCAAGUUUUCGAGGAUGGAAGAGCUGUAAGUGUGAAGGAAACAGAAGUUAUUGAGGAAGAAAUGGCCAUGCUAAGGGCCAAAGUGAAGAAACUAGAGCUAGAUGUGGAUGCCAAGACAAAAGAAGUGAAUAAUGCAGAAGAAAACGUACUCGCAUUGAAGAACCAAUCGAAUGGAUUUUUGCUGGAAUAUGAUAGGCUGUUUGAGGACAACCAAAAUCUACGAUCCCAAUUGAAAACACUGGAUCGCAGGUUGUCUCAUUCAGACAGCAGCAGGAAGGGUUAA